AUGCGUUUCUCGGAAAUUGCAGCCGUUGCCCUGGCCACUGGUGCCGCCGCGUACGAUGUGCCUGACAACCUGAAGCAGAUCUAUGAAAAGCACAAGAGUGGAAAAUGUUCCGACGAAUUGUCCGUGGGCUUCGACAACGGCCAUGACCAUGAUGGACAUACCUUCACCUACUGCGGUGAUAUCCAUAAUGCUAUCUACCUGCAUUCAUCCGAGCAUGGGGGUCAAUACGUGGACAUGGAUAUCGACUGCGAUGGAGCGAACAGACACGCCGGCAAGUGUUCUGACGACCAUUCAGGCCGUAGCGAAACCGCCUUCAUGGAUGACCUGAAGGAAUUUGGAAUUGAAGACCUAGAUGCAAACAUUCACCCGUACGUGGUAUUCGGCAAUGAGAACAAGGAUUCUCCCGAUGACAGGUUUGAUCCGAGAGACCACGGAAUGGAGCCACUCAGUGUGAUGGCAGUUGUGUGCAACAACAAACUGUUCUAUGGUAUCUGGGGUGAUACCAAUGGCCAUACUUCCACAGGAGAAUCAUCUCUUUCGAUGGCAGAGCUUUGCUUUCCCGAAGAGGAUCCAUCUGGAGACAGUGGCCACACUGCGAAUGAUGUUUUGUACAUUGGCUUCAAGGGCAAGGACGCAGUUCCCGGAAAGAGCGCCAAGUGGAAGGCAAAUAGCACCAAAGAGUUUGAGGAGAGCAUCAGGAAGUUGGGUGAUCAGCUGGUUGAAGGUCUCAAAGCUUAG